UGUCGUCAUCGCGGGGACGUUUCUUUACGUAGCCGUUUGACGGUAUGUGGAAAGUAGCAAUGUCGGAGGAGGUUGGGAAGGCGCUACAGUCGGUAGUGGAGCGGGUGAACCAGGCGGCGGCACGUCGGCCAAAGGCACUACCAGCCGUGUCGCCUCGCCUGGUAGCUGUCAGCAAGACGAAACCCCCAGACAUGGUUGUGGAGGCCUACCGACAAGGGCAGCGCAACUUUGGAGAAAAUUAUGUCAAUGAACUUGUGGACAAAGCUUCGGAUCCUCUGAUUUUAGACUCAUGUCCAGAAAUCAAGUGGCACUUUAUCGGCCAUCUACAGAAGAAUAAUGUCAACAAGCUUUUGGGUGUGCCAAACCUGUUCCUCGUGGAGACUGUGGAUUCAAUGAAGCUGGCAGAUAAGGUCAACAGCUCAUGGCAGCGACUCAGAGGAUCCAGCACGCAGAGGUUAAAGGUCAUGUUGCAGAUAAACACCAGUGGAGAGCAGAGCAAACACGGCCUGCCGCCAGAGGAGACAGUGAACACAGUGAGACACAUUGUGUCCCAGUGCUCUGCCCUGCACUUCUCAGGACUCAUGACCAUCGGGCGCUAUGGCUAUGACCUCACCCUGGGCCCCAACCCAGACUUUCAGAUGCUGCUGAGCCGCAGACAGGAGGUGUGUGACAGUCUGAAGCUGCCUCUGGAGGAGGUGGAGCUCAGCAUGGGUAUGUCCACAGAUUUUGAACAUGCGAUCGAGGUGGGCGCCACCAACGUGCGAGUGGGUAGCAUUAUAUUCGGCAACAGGGAGUACCCCAACAGCGCGGCCAACACUCCGAAUCCCAGCCCAGCUCCCAGCCCCGAGAAGUCAUCCAAGACGGUGUCAGAAGAGGCCGCCAAGAAGAUGCAACACCUCACCGUGUCUGAACACUAAGAAGAGCUUCUCCUCCUCUGAGAUACCUUUAAGAAAAAAAAGAAAAGCACUCUUCACAUGCGAAGUGACCAGAGCGGUGAAACAGAUCGUUUCCACAGAGCCAUGUGGAGCAAGGGUCGCAAAAUUCUUGAAUAAUUUAAAAGUGUAUUUGCUUAAUCCUCUUCACGUUUUUGUGCCCUUCUUGCUCUUUUAAGCAUUAAAAAGUGGCAUUCGGUACAGAACUAGUUAAACCUUUUUUAAAACUAGUGUGUUACUAACCUAUAGUGCUCUGACUUCCUUCUCAUGGAAAUCCUCCUACAACAUUACUGGAUACAAGACAAAUGUACAACUACUGAAAACAUGGAGGCCUAUGGAAAAUGAUUUCACGUGAGUUAUGAGAUAGUGUUUGGAUUUGUUGUGCUGAUGUGAUAUUUUCUACCUUUCCAACCCAACAUGUGACAGUGCCGAAAUGUGCUUGACUGUGUACAGUGUCCCACAGAUUGGAAGUCCACACAGUGCGAUGUACCGUUGUUGUUGUACAGAUGAAAAAGACCUGAUUUAAUAAAUCAUUUAUCCCUUUUUAAUGACACAUAGUAUUGUGUUUGAUAUUGUUUCGUAUGGUGUGUCAAAUCUCUAUUCUUGAUAUUAACAAAUCCAAGAGGAACCCUGCAGGAAGUGUUGUGUUUCUGUGGACGUCUCGUGUCCAUGCUGCAGUGUGGUGCACUGCUGGAGAAGAAAGGGAGGUAAUCUAUGCAAAGUGGUGGUUUUGUUUCUGAGCAGAUUUUUACCCUGCAGCUAAAUCAUGGCGUAGCAGUGGUGUCUUCAAGAUGUCAGAAGGUCAAUGUGUUUCCUGUCUCCAUGAAAAGUGCUCUCAUUGUCCGUGAUUAAAAAAUCUUCUGGUCAGACGUGUGGUUGCUGUCUUGACAAGGCGUUUCAGCAUUGUUUGGUUUGGAGUGUGGCUCUGAGGGAAGCCGAAGCCAAGCAAUAAACUUUCCU